AUUCAAAGCACGCACUUUCUGAAACUGUAAAAAUGAAUAAGGAACAGAAAGAGAGAAUGGGGACUCCAAUGUGGAUCCUUUUAUCGGUCGGAAAGACACAGACAAUCAUUUCAGGAUUCAAAUUCUAAACCCUCCAUCUACCUUUAUUAAUUUCCGCAAGUAUUACUCCCUAGACACCACAAUUUUUGGAGAAAGGAAACAGAGGAAAUGGCUACGUUACAGAAAUUCAAGCUGCUAGCAACACAAUGUGGCGUGGCGCAAAGCCCAACGCGCAGCCCGAGCACGAGCCCCGUUGUGCACUUCCCUCGCCGCAAAUCUACCCUGCGCAUGCUCCUCACGAGAACCACCAGCCGCCGAGGGGUACCUAACCAGGAGUGUUUCGUCCCUACCUCACCUCCUGAGAAGAAGAAGAAGGAGAACGACGAUAGGGAUACGAAAGGCCGCACUUUGAAGGAUCUGCUUGUAUCGUCACCCCCACCCUGCGGUGAAGAUGAAGACAAAAGCAAGGUCUUCAACGGGAAAAUUGGCGGUAAAAGCGAAGUGCUUCCGGAUCAUUCCAAGGGUCUAGAUGUCGGAUCGGGUUCGCCAAGGACAGGGUGGGUCGGGUUGCGGCACAGGCCGCUUCUGAGGAGGGCUUGGCGUCCGAUGCUUGUGUCAAUUCCUGAAUAAUUUUCGCUAAAUUUUGAAAUAAAAAUUUGGUUUUGAUUUUUCCGGAGUUCUUUUUGUCAAUCAAUCUCCUGUUGGUGAUGUGUAUGAAAACACCUUGCAACCCUGUGAGCCAUUCCAAUGGAAUUUUAUGAAUGUGUGUUCAUUCUGAUCAAAUAACAGAACACCUAGCCG